GAGUGGGUUCCGUGAUCAAUGGAAACUGAGAGAGAGAGAGAGAGAGAGGGUGUGUGUGUGUGAAGUCUCGUGAAAAGCGAUAAAGAAGGCAGAUCCUCAUAAUCUCAGUAGUAUCCGCAUCACAUUCACAAACAAACGAACGAGUCUCAGUGGCCCAGUGACUUAGAAACUCAGACACUUGAGAGAGUCGUCUUCUUCUACUGAGAGAACAUUUUGCAGCAAUGGCGGCUUCCCAAUUCUCUGCAACUCGUAGCGGACCAGAGGCAGUGUGGCAUUGCAAGUCGCAGUCCAAAUUGAUCGAUUUCUGUUCCAGGAAGAACAAAUCCAAGCUUUUGUUCACAAGGACCUCGAAUCGGAGGCGGUCGUUUUCCUUCUCCGUGAAGAACGUUCUGGAAAAGCCUCACGAGCUCAAGGAUCCGAUCAUCGAACAAGAUGCUGCAAGCGCAUUCAGCUCAUUCACACCAGAUACUGCAUCCAUCGCUUCAAGCAUCAAAUACCACGCAGAGUUCACCCCGUUGUUUUCUGCGGAGCAAUUUGAGCUUCCAAAGGCCUUCUAUGCAACUGCACAAAGUGUUCGUGAUGCGCUCAUUGUUAACUGGAAUGCAACAAAUAAUUAUCAUGAAAAAUUGAAUGCAAAGCAGGCAUAUUAUUUGUCAAUGGAAUUUUUGCAGGGUAGAGCGCUGUUAAAUGCCGUUGGUAAUUUAGAGCUAGAUGGUGCAUAUGCUGAGGCUUUAAGCAAGCUUGGACACAAAUUAGAAAAUGUUGCUAACCAGGAGCCAGAUGCUGCACUUGGAAACGGGGGUCUUGGUCGGCUUGCCUCUUGCUUCUUGGACUCUUUGGCGACUUUAAAUUAUCCGGCUUGGGGUUAUGGACUCAGGUACAAGUAUGGCUUAUUUAAACAGCGAAUUACAAAACAUGGUCAAGAAGAAGUUGCUGAGGAUUGGCUUGAGAUGGGCAAUCCUUGGGAGAUUGUGAGAAAUGAUGUCUCCUAUCCUAUAAAAUUCUAUGGAAAGGUUGUUACUGGAUCGGAUGGAAAACAACAUUGGAUUGGGGGAGAAGACAUAGAUGCUGUUGCCUAUGAUGUUCCAAUACCAGGAUACAAAACUAAAACCACGAUCAACUUGCGGCUUUGGUCGACGAAAGCUUCAUCACAGGAUUUUGAUUUAUAUGCUUUUAAUUCUGGAGAGCACACGAAAGCAUCUGAAGCUUUAGCAAAUGCUGAAAAGAUUUGCUACGUACUUUAUCCUGGGGAUGAAUCAAUGGAGGGCAAGACACUUCGUUUGAAGCAACAAUAUACCUUAUGCUCUGCUUCUCUUCAAGAUAUCGUUGCACGUUUUGAGAGAAGAUCUGGAGCAAAUGUCAAAUGGCAAGAGUUCCCCGAGAAGGUCGCAGUGCAGAUGAACGAUACUCAUCCAACCCUCUGCAUUCCUGAACUGAUGAGAAUUUUGAUUGAUUUGAAGGGCUUGGACUGGAAGGAGGCGUGGAAUAUUACUCAAAGAACGGUUGCAUAUACAAACCAUACUGUUCUACCUGAGGCCUUGGAGAAAUGGAGUUUGGAACUUAUGGAGAAACUGCUUCCUCGACACGUUCAGAUCUUAGAGAUGAUUGAUGAGGAGCUCAUUCAGACCAUAAUUUCGGAGUAUGGCACAGCGGACUAUGAUUUAAUAGAUAAGAAACUUAAGGAGAUGAGAAUAUUAGAAAAUGUUGACUUGCCUGCCAAAUUUGCGGAUUUGAUUGUUAAACCCAAAAAGAGUUCCAUUGCUGUUCCCAGUGAAGAAAUUGAAGAUUCAAAAGAGGAAGAUGAGUCUGCUGAUGAAUCUGCUGAUGAAGAAAACGUACCUGUGAAGAAACACGAAGAGGAAAAAAAGAAAAAGGUUGUGGUGGAACCACCGAAGUUAGUACGUAUGGCGAAUCUGUGUGUUGUGGGUGGUCAUGCGGUAAAUGGUGUUGCUGAAAUACACAGUGAGAUAGUGAAAGAUGAAGUAUUUAAUUCAUUUUAUAAGUUGUGGCCUAAUAAAUUUCAAAACAAAACAAAUGGUGUGACACCGAGAAGAUGGAUCCGCUUCUGUAAUCCAGAUUUAAGUAACAUUAUAACGAAGUGGAUUGGCACGGAAGACUGGGUCUUAGAUACUGAAAAACUGGCUGAAUUACGAAAGUUUGCAGAUGAUCAGGACCUCCAAACCCAAUGGAGGGAAGCAAAAAGGAACAACAAGUUGAAAGUUGUGUCGUUGAUCAAAGAAAGAACGGGAUAUUCUGUCAACCCUGAUGCAAUGUUCGAUAUACAGGUGAAGCGCAUUCAUGAAUACAAGCGACAACUGAUGAACAUUAUGGGAAUUGUUUACCGCUACAAGAAAAUGAAAGAAAUGAGUGCUUCGGAAAGGAAGUCAAAGUUUGUUCCACGAGUUUGUAUGUUUGGAGGAAAAGCAUUUGCUACGUAUGUGCAAGCCAAGAGAAUUGUGAAAUUUAUCACAGAUGUAGGGGCAACAGUGAAUUGUGAUCCUAGUAUUGGUGAUCUACUGAAGGUUGUCUUCGUCCCUGAUUACAAUGUCAGUGUUGCUGAACAGUUGAUUCCUGCAAGUGAGCUCUCACAGCACAUCAGUACCGCGGGGAUGGAGGCCAGUGGAACCAGCAACAUGAAGUUUGCAAUGAAUGGCUGCAUCCUAAUCGGGACUCUGGAUGGUGCCAAUGUUGAAAUAAGAGAAGAGGUUGGAGAAGACAACUUUUUCUUAUUUGGUGCUGAGGCUCAUGAGAUUGCUGGGCUGAGAAAAGAACGAGCCGAGGGGAAGUUUGUUCCAGACCCACGUUUUGAAGAAGUCAAGGAAUUCGUCAAAAGCGGUGUUUUUGGGUCAGACAAUUAUGACGAACUGAUUGGAUCCCUGGAAGGAAAUGAAGGAUUUGGCCGUGCAGAUUAUUUCCUCGUCGGCAAGGACUUCCCCAGUUACAUAGAAUGCCAAGAGAAGGUUGAUGAGGCAUAUCGAGACCAAAAGAGAUGGACGAGAAUGUCGAUCCUGAACACAGCAGGCUCGUACAAGUUUAGCAGUGACAGAACCAUUCACGAAUAUGCUAAUGACAUAUGGAACAUCAACCCCGUCGAGUUGCCAUAGAAGUUUCUGCUCGUAACCAAACACGGUCUUACCACGCCGUUGUGAUGAUCCUCGGCUUUUAUGUUCCCUCCCUCUCUCUCUCUCUCUCUCUCAUGUAAAGGUAAACUGCUCGGAAUAAAAGGGCAGCGUUUGGUUGCUACACUAUUACCUUAAAUGCUCGGGAAAAAAGCGGUUUUUUGAAAUAAGCACCACCAGUGGCGGAUCCAGGAAUCUUACCCCAAGGGGUCGCAGUGUAAAAGUUCAAAUAAAAAUUUAGGAUGGAAAAACAUAUUGAAAAUGAAAUCAUAGUACUUUCAUUCAUAA